AUGGACAAGGACUUUCACGACGAGAGGAAGGCCUUGCAAAACCUGAACACAGAGCAGCUGGAGGAAAUACUUAAUCUAGGGACCCAGCUUUUGGUCUAUCAACCACGUGACAACCAGUGUGAAGAAAAGUGGGCCGAGAGAGUGAGACAGCUGGAGGAGGAGGAGGUGGAGACAUCAAGAAGAGCGCUGGAGAAGGAGAGGUUAUGUGGGGAGGGGAGGAUCAGGUCUCUUCAGGAGGGGAUGCAGAGCCAGGCUAAGGUGGACGGAGAGAGAGAGAGACAGCUGGAGGAGGAGGUGGAGACCUUAAAAAGAAGACUCACUGAGGAAAGUCUGCAGAGUCAGGAGGAAGACAAGUCCGCAAAGCUUUCCUCUUCGGUUGAUCCAUCUGAGAUCAGAAAGCGUGAGGAACAGUGGACGGAGAGAGUGAAACAGCUGGAGGAGGAGGUGGAGACAUCAAGGAUAGCGCUGGAGAGGUUGAGGUUAUGUGGGGAGGGGAGGGUCAGGUCUCUUAAGAAGGCGAUGCAGAAUAUGGUUGAGGAGAACGCUUUGGUGGGUCGCCAUGAAGAGACAAUCAAGUCUCUUAAGAAUGGGAUGCAGAAUAUGAUUGAGGUGAACUCCGGUCUGGUGGGUCGCUAUGAAGAGCAGAUCAAGUCCAACCAGGACAAGGCGGCCACUGAACUGAGGCAGAGUGAGAAAAAGUGGACAGAGAGAGUGAAACAGCUGGAGGAGGAGGUGGAGACGUUGAAUAAAAGACUCACUGAGGAAAGUCUGAAGGUUCAAGAGGAAGACAAGGCUGCUGCGUCUUGGGUUGAUCCAUCUGAGCUCAGACAGCGUAAGGUGAGGUUGCAGGAGAGAGUGAGACAGCUGGAGGGGGAGCUGGAGAGAGCAAAAAGAAUGAUGGAGAGGGAGAGGUUAUGCGAGGGGGGGAGGAUUAGGUCUCUUCAAGGUGUGAUUCACAAUCUGCUUGAUGAGAACUCCCGUUUGGUGGAUCUCUAUGAAGAUAAGAUCAGGGACCACCAACACAAGAUGGCCACUGAACUGAGGCAGUGUGAGGACAGGUGGACGGAGAGAGAGAGAGAGACAGCUGGAGGAAGCGCUGCAUGAAACAAAGACGGCAUUGACGGAACAAGAAACACGACUUAAGGAGGAGAGACGCACGGCUGUGGCAGUCUCCAUGAAAAUGAAAGAGGACGACAAGGAGGAGGUGGAGACAUCAAGAGGGGAACAUGGCUGUGACAAUCCACACGAGAGUGAGAGAGCUGGAGGAGAAACUUCAGGAGUGCAGGAAGCAGCUGCAAAAGGUGAAGGCACUCUGGAGGAAGUUCAUGCUGGGAGCCUCUCCACAAAAGACGCCGAACAUGAGGAGGUGACGGGUCACAUGGAGGAUGAUGCUUUUCUUUCUUUGCUGAACAUUUGAGCAGAGAAAUGUUGCAUCUCUUGAAUAUUUAAAAAUAUAUAUAA